AUGAACGGCCUCGAAAUCUCCCCCUUCAUCGCCUCCCUCCCCAAAGUCGAACUGCACAUCCACAUCGAAGGCACCCUCUUCCCCUCCCUGCGCUGGAAACUCGCCCAUCGCAACAAUGUGCCCCUGCCCUAUGCAACCUACGACGACCUCCUCGCCUCCUACACCGUCUUCUUCAACCACCGCCCCGAGAUCAACGGCCGCGUCCCCGGCAUCCCCACCUUCCUCGAGGCCUACUUCGCCGGCUGCGAGGUCCUCCACACCGAGGAUGACUUUUACGAAAUGUCCAUGGACUACCUCCGCCGCUGCGCCGAGAUGAACGUGCGCUACGUCGAGCCCUUCUUCGACAUCCAGGCGCACACGCGCCGCGGCGUGCCCGCGGCCGACGUGCUCAACGGAUACCUGCGCGCCCAGCGCGACGGCGAGCGCGAGCUCGGCGUGCGGUCGAACUGGAUCUUCUGCUUCAUCCGCGAUGAGAGUGUGCAGGAUGGGCUGGAUGCGUACGAUGUCGCGCGGCCAUGGGCGGCGGGGAACGUGGAGGGCGGCAAGGGGCUUUUUCAUGCUGUUGGACUGGCGAGCAACGCGUUUGAGAGGCCGCCGAUGCUGUUUGAGGAGGGGUACAGGAGGGCAAGGGCGGAUGGGCUGCAUGUUACGAUGCACUGCGACUUUGGGCAGAAGGACACGCACGAACACGUGCGGGAGGCCGUUUUCAAGGUUUGUGGCGGCAAGGGCGCGGAGAGGAUCGAUCACGGGCUGGACGUGGCGGACCGGGAGGAGCUGAUUCAAGGUGUGUUGGAGAGGGGGAUCGGGUUGACGCUGUGUCCGCAUGCGUAUCACCGUAGGACGCCGACGGAGGUGUUGUUUCCCAAGAUCCGGGCGCUGUGGGAGCGCGGGGUGAAGUUUUGUGUGAACAGCGAUGAUCCGGUGUACAUGCAUGACGUGUGGGUUGAUGGGAACCUGCAAAAGGUGUAUACGUAUUGUGAGAUGAGUAAGAAGGACAUGGUGCAGUUGGUCAGGAAUGGAGUUGAUAUGUGUUGGGCGAGUAACGAGGUUAAGAAACAGCUGUACAGAGAGCUUGAUGAGGUUGAUGUUCAAGAGUAG